AUAUGUUCCUCUUUCUGUCUGGUGACAAGGUCGUACAGCCAGACAACAUUUAGUGAAACAAAGUUGUCCAGGGCAGUCCCAGGAGUUGACUGCAUUGGGGAGCAGUCUGAGAGGUAGUGACAUAGCAGACUACUGCGGGCAGGAGUGUGACCAACCUGUUUCAUUCCCUGGAACAACCAGAAGGAAAGACCUAACCCCUGGGCCUCCCUCCACAGCAAUGUCGGAGCUCAGCGAUGAAGCCAGUGAGCCAGAACUCCUGAACCGCAGCUUGUCCAUGUGGCACGGGCUGGGUACACAGGUCAGCCGGGAGGAGCUGGCCGUCCCCUUGGAUCUUCACACCGCUGCUUCCAUCGGCCAGUAUGAAGUGGUGAAGGAAUGUGUGCAGCGGAGAGAGUUAGAUUUGAAUAAGAAGAAUGGUGGUGGCUGGACCCCGCUGAUGUAUGCCUCCUACAUUGGACACGAUACCAUCGUGCACCUGCUGCUCGAGGCGGGGGUGAGUGUGAAUGUGCCGACCCCGGAAGGGCAGACUCCACUGAUGCUGGCUUCCAGCUGUGGCAACGAGAGCAUCGCCUACUUUCUCCUCCAGCAAGGUGCUGAGCUAGAAAUGAAGGACAUUCAAGGCUGGACUGCCCUUUUCCACUGCACCAGCGCUGGGCACCAGCAGAUGGUCAAGUUCCUUUUGGACAGUGGAGCGAAUGCCAACGUGAGGGAGCCGAUAUAUGGAUUUACUCCUUUGAUGGAAGCAGCGGCCGCUGGCCAUGAGAUAAUCGUGCAGUAUUUUCUGAAUCAUGGUGUCCAAGUGGAUACGAGAGACCACAGUGGAGCCACAGCCCGGAUGCUGGCCAAGCAGUACGGACACAUGAAGAUUGUGGGGUUGAUAGACGCUCACCUGCCUUCUCUGCCCAAGAGCCUUUAUCGGAGCCCAGAAAAAUAUGAAGAUCUAAGCUCUUCGGAUGAAUCAUGUCCUGUUCCUCACAGACAGAGGCCCUGUCGGAAGAAGGGCCUCAGCAUCCAUGAGGGGCCGCGAGCCUUGGCCAGGAUCACAGCUAUCGGGCUGGGAGGCAAGACCCAGCGGCCUUGCUAUGAGCAGGCGCCUCCCCGGGGCUAUGUCACCUUCAACAGCAGUGACGAGAACCCCCUGGAAGAGAGGGGCCUCUGCUACAGGGACGUCACCUCCCCCAUCAAUGACCGGGACGUGGAGAGCAGCAGCAGCAGCAGCCGGGAAGAGCACGCCUUCUGUGCCCACCUUGGGGCCGUGCGCAGCAGCAGCAGCAGCGAGGGUCUGGCAAGAGCCCCAGGAGUCAGCAGCGAGGCCUCUCUGGAGAGCAACGAGGAUUCGGAUCACGUACGUAAAAGCUCAGUUCGCAAGCAAACUAAAAGUUACAUGAAGACCAAGAGUCGUUACAGCAACAGUGACAGCCAGUGGCCUCCCAGCACCGGGACCUCUGGGGCAGCCUGUUCCCCAGGAUCUAUCCCCCAGACUGAGCGGUCCGCCUAUUCAGGACCCCAGGACCUGGCCACACUGCUGGAGCAGAUUGGGUGUCUGAAGUACCUGCAGGUGUUCGAGGAGCAGGACGUGGACCUCCGCAUCUUUCUGACCCUCACUGAGAGUGACCUGAAGGAAAUUGGCAUCACGUUGUUUGGGCCCAAGAGGAAGAUGACCUCUGCCAUCGCCCGCUGGCACAGCAGUGCCCGCCCCCCGAGUGAUGCCCUGGAGCUGGCCUAUGCUGACCGGCUUGAAGCCGAGAUGCAGGAGCUCGCCAUCCAGCUGCACAAACGCUGUGAGGAGGUGGAGGCCAUGCGGGGCCAGGUGUCGCAGGAGCAAGAGCUGCGGGCCGUGGUGGAGAGCUGCCUCCUAGAGCAGGACAGCACCCGCCAGGACGUCCACGCCCAGCUGCAGGAGACCUGGGCCCUGGCCCGGGACGCCGCGCUUGUCUUGGACCAGCUGCGAGCCUGUCAAGCCGAGCUGUCAGCCCGAGUGAGGCAGGAUGAGUCCCCUUGCAGGGCCACCCUGGGCCCAGCCCUCCCCACAGCUGACUCCAAAGGCUGGCAGGCUGCCCUGCAGGCCCUGAGCCUCCCUGAGCUGUCGGGAGCAUUGGAGGAUCGAGUCCAUGAGAUGGGGCGAGUGCUGUGCUCAGUGACCCAGAGCCUGGAGAAGCUGCAAGUGCUGAACGGGAAAGAGAACUGGCGGGAGCCGUAGCUGGAGGGAUGUCUUCCUUUCCCUCCUCAGAAUCUGACGUUGGGUGAUUACUCCACCCUGAACCUGUGUGCCCGGAAGACAAGAGGGCAGUGAGUGGGCAGCUGCAGCAGCCCACGCCCCAACUGGGGCCAGAAGUUCAGGGCCCAGGAGCAGCCAGCAGAGAGGCAGGAUGGGGCUGUGGCCGGCACAGGGCAGCGGCCCCCACGGAGGCAGGAUGAGGGUCUCCCGCCCAGAACCUGGCGCUAAGGCCCAGAGCAGGCAGGGCCCUGGGAGAGAGCAUGUCCGCAGACACCACAGGUGCCACAGUGAGGUCUGCCCUGAUGGGUGAGGACUGGGGCACCUGGGCAGCAUAUGUCAUUUGCUGGAAAAUAAAAUUGAAGAUUAACGGAUGAAGGGCUCAGUUCUGGUCACACAACAUGCGGUACUGGCUGGCGUAGCCAC